AUGGUCUCGAGCAGCAGGACCGACGAGUUCAAGACAGCCAUCCAAUCCAAGAGGAAAACCAACAGCCCACCAACCACUAAUCACAAACGACCAUCCAAGACGAGUUCGGAUGCUUGGACUAAGGAAGCUCAGCUGGUUGCCAACAACAUCCAAGAAUUGAUCGAUUUUCUGAGUAGUAUCAGAAGAGCCUAUCUAGAUCCGAGCCAAUCGGGCACAAGUGGACAGUUCUCAUCAGCUAAUUCUAGCGAACGAACGGUCAAUCUCUCGAAGGGCUUCCAAGGGUUUUCGAACGUCAGAUGGUUCAGCGAGAAUGAGAAAGACCAAAUUGAUACCUUGGUUGCUGUCGGACUGAAGAAAUCCGUUCAGGGUGUUAGAGCACUCGAAGCUGCCGAAAAAUCUCGGAAAGCUCAGCAGGAUAAUGAACAGUCUAACGCUUUGAGUCGAUUUUUGGGGAUCUCGCUAAGCUCACAAUCGAUAGCCAAGGAACAAUUUGAUGGUCAUCGAGCCUCAAUCUUAUGGUUUUUGAACCAACGAUUGACUGAUCUUGGUAAAAUGAUUAAAGAUCAACAAGAGACUCGCGCCAAGAAGAAAAUGGAAAAGGUGAUGAAAAGCGGUUUAGCUGGAUUGAUGAAUGCGCCAGGUUCUUCCAUGGGUCCACAUUCAGCCCAGUCAAACGAGAAGGCCGGAGUCCCGGCAAUCUAUCGGCCGAAGUUUGACCAGCUACUCGAUCCAGAAUCGAUGGAGGAGCCAGCCAUAGAGAACACAUUGACGAGUGCACAGAUCCAGCAAUUUGAGAAAGAAUCAACCGAGGUAUUGAAGGCCACCGAAAACACCUUGAAGUCGAUCAAACAGACCGAAUCCUCUCUCCUCGAGAUCUCGAACUUGCAGACCGAAUUGGUCUACCAUCUCACUCAACAGAACGAAAUGAUCGAUCAGCUUUGGGACGAUUCGAUCAUCUCCACUGGGAAAAUCAAACAAGGCAACCAACAACUCUUGAGUGCAAGCGAAUCUAAUAAGGAGAGUCGGAUGUGGUUGUUAGUCUUUCUACUAGGCUCUAGUUUUGCGUUACUUUUUGUGGAUUAUAUGGCUUCUUGA